AUAGAUCGAUCCGGACCUGUUUCGAGUAGAAGUUCAACCAAGAUGUCGACGAAAUGGCGCUUUUGACGAUGUAGUAUUUGUAUUUUCUGUGUUUAAAUUUAUCUCUAACGACAGUGAUUCGAAAAAAACAUUUUUCCAAAAGAUUUUCGUGUGCAGAAUCGAAAAAAAUUGUGUCAAAACUAUUAUCGACCUUCUAAAGGGAGAUAACGGUUAAAAACUUACCACGUUUUCGUUUGACAAAACAAUUAAUUUUUCCAAAAAUUGUGAAAUUACUUCUUUUGUUUCGGUAGAAAAGUAAUCGCAAUAGUUUUAGAUGACGUAGCCCAAUGUGCAAUAUGAGCGACUAACUUCAAACGGCUUGGAUUUUUGGUAAAUAAGUCAUAUUUUUAGUUAUGACUAUUGUGGGGUAAAUUUGGGAACAGUGAUGUGAAUCUCGAGAAAAAAUUGUGUUCAAUGUGUAUGCUAUGGAAGUACACUCCAUGAGAUUAGAUCAUGGGUCUAUACAGACUAAUAACAUGCCCUACUCUCAAAGACAACCUCCAAAUCAUAGACCAAACCACAGUGCCCAAGCUACCGCCCAUGUGUCGGCGGAAUUGUACAAACCGUCGCGAUCGCCGCUAUCCAAUACCAGAUGCACGUACCCCGGCUCCCCCCAACUGCAGCCUACACCGACGAACGUCACUCAAGUUCAGGUUUCUCAGAGGUAUACCACACAAGGGCCGACCACCACCAGCGGUCCUCCCUCGCUCAUCCACUCCCCCGUCUACCACCGUCCUCAGCCCGACUACCGACACCCGAAUCGGAUAUCGCUGCUGCAUCCGGAAUAUGGCCCCGGCGGCAGAAGGGAUAUGGCGGGGGGAGCUAUGGGCCAGCCCCUCCAGCAACUCGGAGAACAGCCGUUUAAGAAGAUCAGGUUGACUGAUAAGGAUGUGCAACCUUUGAGGAUUGAUACUCGACCUGGAACGUAUCAUCCACAGACAGAAGCGAUUUCCCCUAUCCUACCUGAGCAGGUCUCCCAAGAAGAUCAAGCAUUCAAAACAACGAAAGACGAUCUGAUCCAGCAAAUUAGUAAGGUGGAUAGGGAGAUAUUGAAGGUGGAGCAGCAAAUUGUGAUUUUGAAAAAGAAACAAGCGGAAUUGGAAGAGGUGGCGAACAAACCGCCUGUUAACUCUGAAGUGGAAGAAGAAACGCGGCCGCAGCAUCAGAGCUUACCACAGAAAAUCUACGCCGAAAAUCGUAAGAAAGCUCAGAAUGCACACGCCCAGUUAGAUUCAUUGGGUCCUAAAGUGGAAUGGCCCUUGUACAAUCAACCGACUGAUACUACGGUGUUCCAUGAAAAUAACCGACGUAAUGUGAUGUUUAAAAAACGCUUAUUAGAAUAUUUUAAGAAGAAACAUACCGAAAGAUAUGCAAGACACAAUCAGUUGACAGGAACAUAUAGUAAACUUAUGCAGGAAUGGCUUAGGAAAGUUGACAAAAUAGAGUCCAGCACGAAAAGAAAAGUCAAGGAAGCUAAAAAUAGAGAAUUUUUCGAAAAAGUCUUUCCUGAGCUGAGGAAACAGAGGGAAGAUAAAGAAAGGUUUAACAGAGUGGGUGCUCGAGUUAAAUCAGAGGCCGAUAUGGAGGAAAUUAUGGACAACCUUCAAGAACAAGCAUUAGAAGAUAAGAAAAUGCGUAGUUACGCAGUUAUACCCCCCAUUUUGUUAGAUCCCAAGGAAAGGCGAAAAUACACGAACAAUAAUAAUUUUAUAGAAGAUAUGGAGGUUGUAUAUAAGAGUCGGCAGUACCUGAAUAUAUGGACUCCAGCCGAGAAAGAAACGUUUAAAGAAAAAUUUAUUCAGCAUCCUAAAAACUUUUAUCAAAUAAGUCAAGCGUUAGGCGAGCGAAAAUCCGUGUCCGAGUGCGUCCAUUUUUAUUAUUUGAGUAAGAAAACGGAAAAUUACAAACAACUACUGAGAAAGAACAAGAGGGACAAAUUUCGUGAGAGAAUGAAAGCGAGUCGGCAGAAUCAUCAGAACGUGAACAAUAGUGCCAACUUACCUAUAGUGGAUACCUUAACAACAGGAGUAACAACUAGGUUGCAACGCGAGCAACAACAGCGAACAGGAGGUGCGGCGAGAACAGCCGAGGCUCCAACAGCUGCGGCGGCUGCAGUAACGGCCGACGCUGCCAAUUCUGGGAAUUCUAAUUCUCCACCGAUACCUUUAGGAACCACGGCAACACCAAGUCCUCGGAAUGCCGGAGGAACGACAACCACGAAUACCGUUACAUCUUGUGCUAGUGGUACGUUGACGAGUACGAGUACGGCGUUGACGGGGGACUGGAUGAACACCAAGAGUUCAGUUAGUCAGGUGUCAUCAAGUUCCAUUCUAGCAACGGCAACAUCGUCUGUGAUUUCAAUUUCUGUUGCAUCUUCACUCUCUUCAACGUUAACUACCCUAACUAAUACCACCUCGACUACCAACAGUUCGGGUUUUGCACCUACAACGAUGGAUACUUCGAGUGCCGGCGAAGAAGGUUUAAAAGACGACAAAUCGGUAGUGAAGUUCAACGACUUCAAUUCUUUUGAGGAUUAUAAUAACAGGAAAAAGUUUUUUGGAGACAACAGCAAUCCAUUGACAGACCCCUCCAGUGAGAAAGAUGGUGAAAGGUUAAAUAUGGAACAGAAAGAUAGAGGCAGCCAAUUUGGAAAAGAUGACCCUGAAAAUGCGAAUGGAACUAACGAGGCUAACUGUGAAAAUACCGCAUCUACUCCUACUCCAGAAUCGAAAAAGAAAAAAGAAAGAAGAAAAGACAAGGAUAAUGCUGUUGAAACGAGCGAUGAGGAAGCUGCGUCUUUACAAGAUAAAACCAUUCAAGGUAGCUGUAUUGUAUGUAAUGAACAACUAGGACCUCAGCUGCAUUCCAGACCGCUUCAGCCCAGUCAGGCGUCUCAGUACGGGCUCAGGGAAGACGAAGUACCCCUAAAUUCAAGAGUGUGCAAUACUUGCCGUUGCAAAUGCGUCCGAUCUCGUUAUACACACUGUCCGUUGCCAACCUGUCCAAACGCGCGAGGAAGAGUAAAAAGGUUAAGAUCGUUUCCUUAUCGAUUACAGGACUUACCUUCUGACGUAAAAGAUCCCAUCUUGGCUGAAUUUCGAAUUCCUAGCGGUGUGACUAAAUGCUGUUCCGCCUGUUUUAAUAGAAUUCAAAGAAGGCUUGGACCAGUCGAAGAAUGGCCCGAGGAAGAAGUUACACAAUUGAAAACUGCUCUGACAGAGCUUGGAGCAAAUUGGCAGCUGAUAGGUGAAAGGCUUAAUAAGCUGGCGCACCAAGUGCGAAGUUUUUACGCAGCAAACAGAAAACGCUUAAGUUUGGAAAAUUGUUUGGGUGAUCGAAAACCAACUCUUACUGACGAAGAAGAGUCGGGCUCGAGUACUUCAAGCUGUGAAGAACCAAUUAGGGACCGCGAACGACAUUCCAGUGAUACCACUAGCGCUGCUGAGAGUCCACCCGUAUUACAAGGCCAAAAUCAGAAUGCUGUUAAAAAAGAAGAUUAUGAUUCUAGUGCUACUGAAACAGCAGACGAAGCUCAAACGCCAGAUCAUUAUCAGACAGCUACAAUUACCCCUGUAACAAAUGACUAUCAACCUCGGCCUGCUCCUAGUCCCUUAAGCGUUAAAGAACUUGUAAUGAAUGUAAUAGAAAUAUCGUUGAAUAAAAAUGCAGGAGCUCAGCAAACUGGUCAAAUUCAGGGUUCAGGUAUGGCUCCGACAAUAUCCUCAAUUUUAAAUAACGAUUCUAACGAGGUAACAAUUGUUAGUGAAUACACUUUACCUAGUAACGCCAAUAGAUCUCAACCGCCACUUCAAUCAAGGGCAGAUAUUAGCUUAACGAAGUUGGCAAACACCAUUGGAGCUACUAUUACGCCUGUUUCUGGUCCAAUUCGUUCACAACCCCAGCCUGAGCCGAUACAAAGUUCACGAGAUGAUUUGGUGGUUGUUCAGAUACCAGACAUAAGAGACUCUAUUCCAGAAACUCUAGAUCUUAGUAUCAAGAAACCACGAGAGCCUAUACCACCAACCCAUUCUAAGCAUCCACCAUCUAAUAUACAUCGAUCCGAGCCGUCUUAUAUUUAUCAUCCAGAACGUAAAAGCCCUGCCCACAUUCGCACGUCACAUGUUAAAUUACCCAGUCCACAGCCUGCAAAUCCAAAAGGCGGUUCUAUCACGUUAGGCACCCCUAUUAUAAAUCAACCUACUCGUUACGAUGGGCUCUUAAGACAAAUACCAGACGCUAAAAUGGGUUCUAUAACAAAGGGUACUCCAAUUCACACAUCUCAUAAUCUCCAACAGGAUAAGAGGGUAUACGAAUAUUUUGCUAAGCAGGGUAGAAUGCCAUCUCAGCAAAAUAUGACAGCUCAAUCCCAAUAUCACUAUCCUCAAAGAUCUCCUUAUGAUCAACAAGUGAGUUCGCAAAUGACCUCAAGACAAAUUAUUAUUGAUGAUUAUAUCACAUCCCAACAAAUGCUUAGCCGACGUCAAGAUAAACCUCAAUAUUACCCCGCAAAUAGUCCACACCGAACUCCACCUCCUCAACAAAGCCAGCAAAGGCAAGGAGUAAUUCAAAGACAUACAAGACCUCAGUAUCAUCCUCCGCCAGGACAUGAAGCAUUGUCGUCGUUAGUAGAUAUUGCUGUUCAGCAACCAAGUUUACCAGUUCCAAGUGCCCCACAUGAAGGACUUGGUAAAACUAUUGCUGACAACAUUAUGGAACAACCACAUCGAUUUCAAAUUAUUCAGCAGCACCAGCAGCAAAUGAGACAGCAGCAGCAAAGAAUUGAUGAACAAAGAAGAGCAUAUCAUCAACAACAGCAGCAGGUUCGGCCGCAGCCUAGAUCAGAUCCCAGUACAAUGACUGCAGCUAGUCUUAUUGACGCCAUUAUAACACAUCAAAUUAAUCAGACGGCUGAAGGAGGUAGGGGAGACGUAGUUUCGAAUGCAAGGGAGCCGCCGCGGGCUGGUGAUUUACUUUUUCAAAGUUUUCAACGUGAUCCUCCAGUUAGUCAAGAUAACAAUGGAAUUCGACCGCCCUCUGUCAUUAACUUAGAUCUAGAUAAUGAAGGCGUUAAUAAGAACCUUACUGUAAAGGAACUAACGGACUCAGUAAUUAGUCAUGAUUUCAGUACUCGACCUGGUGCCUAUUAUCAUAUGCAAGAAAACGUUAAUGAACAGUGGAAGAGACGACUGCAACAGCAACAGCAGAAAGAAGAGAAUAAACGCUCAGCUACCCCUCUACAGCAGGUUCAGCAGCAACAGGAUGAACGACAAAUUAUUCGAAUUGCCCAACCUCAAAAGUAUCAUCAUGAACCUAUUUCUCCUCCAGAAAAUAACCAUUGGUCAGAACAGAAUUUCAGACGGUAUCAGCAACCCCAGUCCCACAUGUCUCCUCUUGAUUAUGUUAAAAACAGAAUUGUGGAGGUUAUGAGGACCGAAGAUGAUAAGAAAGAUAUUCAAGAUCAACACGUCCAUGAAAAAGAUCGUAGUGAUAGUCCUGGUGACAUGGUUAUUGAUGAAGAGAAACACGAAAAUGAUUUUUCAAAUCCACAACAAGAUGCCCAACAUCAACAAACACGUCCCACACAUCAACAACCUCAAGGUGCAUAUUCAUAUUCAUACGUUCAUAAAGACAAUUCUAAUGAUAGUUCGCGAAAUAAUGAACCUAAACCUCUUCUAUCAGCGCAGUAUGAACCUUUAAGUGAUGAGGAUUAGCGUUUAAGGAUGCGCGCUUUGUCGCGCAAUGGUGUAAUUUUUUCUUCUAAAGGAACAUUGAGCAUGAAGUAAUUCGUUUUCAACUACAGUCGCUAGCCUCAUUUUAAAAGUGUUAAUAUAAAAUUGGUGAAAUACAUUUUGAAAAAAAAAUGUAAUCAUAUAAUUAGAUUUAUAACAAAGCAAGAAUAUACGACUUAUUCUGAUGAUUCAGGCAUGUCAUUAUUUAAGUUUCAAAUGCUAGCCACUGUAAUAGGUGUAUAUACAAGUUUUAUAGGUGAUAUUUUUAGGAUAGAGUAUUUCACAUUGUUUAAAAUUAAGAGAUCCCACGGUGAUUGUAAUUCGAGUUUGAAUGUUUUAUGUAUUUUUUGACUAUAGAAGAAAAAUAGUCAUUGCUCCGCUUAAUAAGUGUCUUACUUCAUUAAGGAAAAAAAUUAUGUAAAAUAUGCUUGAAAUUUUCUAAAGACAAUGAUGUUACAUAGGGUGUUUUCAUGGUGAAACAUGAAGUACAGAUUUGGUAUCUUCACGGGUCUUGAUGUAUGUAACUUAUUAAUUGUCGAGUUAUGUUUAAGUAAAUUAUGAGAUUUUAUGUAACCCAAAGACAAAAAAUUGAUUUGAAGUAAGAAUAUUAAAUUGGAGUAUUGGCAGUGGUAUGUCGAUAUUUUCAAAUUACAUAUAACUCAGACUGAUUAAACUAAAAAACAAUAGGUUUAUAGAUCAUUUUAAUAUGUUUGAUAGGAUAUUUAAAUACAGUAUUUUGGGAAAUAUUUUAUCAUCUACUUAAUAGUUUCUUAAAAUUUGUAUAGAUUCUUCGUUUCUUAACAGUCAGCAUAAGUUAUAUGAUAAAUGUAAUAUUAAAUUGAAAAUUGUAGAUGUACGAUAUUUUUUUUUAAUAACAAUUUGACAAGGGAUGUAUAUAAUUUGUAAACAAGAAUAGAAUUUUUAAGUCGAAAUUAGAUUAUAGUUGGGAUAAUUUAUAUGACAAACUGGGUAUGUCUUAUUGCAACCUUUUAUUAUUUACUGCGAUUAUGAAGUGUUUUGCAUUUCCAGAAUAGAUAUUACUAAGACUUCAUUUUGUUUUUCUACUGUAUGCACUUACGUUUGCUUCAAGUGUAUUUUUUAAAUGAAAGUAAAAGGGAACUUAGCUGUAAAUUUUAAUUAUAUUUGUGUAUAUGUGUUUUGUUUAGUACUAAGCAGAUGGGAAUGUACAUAAAUUAAAGUAUAAAUAUAUAUUAUUAAGAUCUAAGGGUUUCCCCAGUUGUAAAUAAUUGUGAAUAUUUUAAUUUUUAUCUGUUUUACAAGGUAUAUACUUUUAAGUCUGCGCUUUGGCGUCUAAUGUUUAGACGAACUGAUAAUUUUUCUACACUUUAAAACAAAAUGCCAGAGUUAAUGUACACGUCAAUUUUUUAGUUUGUAACUACUUUCAGAUAAUGACUUGUUAUUUUGUUGAAAUAAAUGAAUAUCAGUUGGA